AUGACUAAUGCCGUGUCAAUUUUUGCACUAGACUCUGAUAGCGAGGAAGAUGAUAACCUUCAUCACAACAUUGGUUUGAACAAACAAAAAAGUAGAGCCAAAGGAUUGCCACCCAGUGGCCAAAAUACUGCCGCCAAAUUAGUCGGUAGAAGAGUUUGGGCCAAAGUUGCAGUAUCACAUUCGAAUGGCUUUUGCAGCAUCCGAAACUGCAAACAUGAUUCUCUCCAUCCGAAUCAUGCUUGCAUUCAAUGUAAAUGCGGAGUCCACAAUUUGUGUGUACAGGAAAAUAUGUUGAUGUCAAUUAGCAAGGAAGACGGUCACUGGUACUGUUCCAAGGAAUGCGGCGGAAGCGACGUUCUGGCAACACACGAUGUGGGAGUUCGACAAGUAGCAACACCAACAUCAACACCAACUACAACUACAACACCAAGAAGUACUGAGGGAGCUAAAAUUCAAGAAGAGAAUUUACUAGCAGCCGAAUUCGAAGACUGUGUAGUUGAUCUUGCUUGCCCUCCUCAGGCAGAGAUAUCCAUUUCGUCACUUGAAGAGCUUGAGGAAUCAUCUGAGGAGCUUGAGGAGCUUUUUGAAGACUCCGAUGAUAUGGAUGAUUUUGAGCUUGAGGAGGGACUUGAGGAGCUUGAUGAAUCCCAUGACAUUGAUGAGUCUGAGCUUGAGGGAUCGGGUGACAUGAUGAGCGGCAGCAAAAAAAAUGAAAUGCACUGCACGCUGCACGCUGGACGCGAAACGUGGUUCGAUAACUUCCCGCCUUACCCUGGAUCCGGUCUACGUUGGCCUUGGGACAUGACUGCUUCCUCUGUUGCGCAAGAGGUGCUCUGGGAAGCAUUUGUUGAAAAAAAUAUCCCCCUAUCUACAUACUUCGGGGCUGUCACCGCCGGGAACGACAAGCUAUUGACACUACAAGUCAUCAGAAUUAUUGGUGUGGCCAUCGGUCGGGUUAGAAGUCAAAAAGAAAAGGUACUCGACAGGAUGUACCGCGGUGGGCUAAUCAUCCCUGAGCACAUUGCUGAUUACAUGAAAUGGUGGGAUGAAAAAGUUAGACAGGCGAAACCAUCCAAGAGAAGGCCGGCGAAAGAUUUGUUUGCAUCUACUCCACUAUCCUAUUUGAACAACAUACGUCGCAAAGGUGCCACUGACCGAUUCCUGGCCAAAGUUGAAGAGCUUCUGGAGGCACAGUGCCAAAAAAUGAUGGAGUUUCCGUACUUGACUCUCCCGUCUGCCUACGAAGGCACAGUCGAACACCAGGUUGGUUAUGCCUGGAACUCCCUCUGUUGUUUCUUCUACUGUGGCCUUGUCCAGAAGGAUUCGUUCCCAUUUGUCGACUACGAGAUGGGACAAAUCACAUACCUACAGGUCGUGAACGACUACCUUCAACUACAGAUAAUUGAAAAAGGCAAAUAG